GCCGGCGCGCUGGGGGUGGUCAUGGUCCUGCUGCUGGUCAUCCUCAUCCCGGUGCUGGUCAGCUCGGCCGGCACGUCGGCCCACUACGAGAUGCUGGGCACCUGCCGCAUGGUCUGCGACCCGUACGGCGGCACCAAGGCGCCCAGCACGGCGGCCACGCCCGACCGGGGCCUCAUGCAGUCCCUGCCCACCUUCAUCCAGGGCCCCAAGGGCGAGGCCGGGCGGCCGGGCAAGGCCGGGCCGCGCGGGCCCCCGGGGGAGCCCGGGCCGCCGGGGCCCAUAGGCCCGCCGGGAGAAAAAGGCGAGCCCGGGCGGCAAGGACUGCCGGGCCCGCCCGGGGCGCCAGGCCUGAACGCGGCCGGGGCCAUCAGCGCCGCCACGUACAGCACCGUGCCCAAGAUCGCCUUCUACGCGGGCCUCAAGCGGCAGCACGAGGGCUACGAGGUGCUCAAGUUCGACGACGUCGUCACCAACCUGGGCAACCACUACGAUCCCACGACGGGCAAGUUCACCUGCUCCAUCCCCGGCAUCUACUUCUUCACCUACCACGUGCUCAUGCGCGGCGGCGACGGCACCAGCAUGUGGGCUGACCUCUGCAAGAACAACCAGGUGCGAGCCAGUGCAAUCGCGCAGGAUGCGGAUCAAAACUACGAUUACGCCAGUAACAGUGUAGUUCUACAUUUGGAGCCAGGAGAUGAAGUCUACAUAAAAUUAGAUGGAGGAAAAGCACAUGGAGGAAACAACAACAAAUACAGCACAUUUUCUGGAUUUAUAAUUUAUGCUGACUGAUAAUGAAGUCAAAAACUAAAUCACAUUCUUCUAAGUGAUGGAUUCACGUGGCAAAAAUCAAUGAAUCAAGAAUCCCAGAGGAUACUGGCCUGUGGACACCUCAGUAAUGGGGUCAAAUGCUACCUGACUCACAUCUGUACAACCCAAGAAAGAGUGUUAAAACAAAAUAUAGAGCAAGCUAAACAGAUGUGCGAUCCACUAUCGCCAAAGCAAAAUACUCCUUGUUGUUAGUGUCCAUGUGAAUGAAGUCCUAUAUAGAUCACAACUUUUAUAGAGAGAAAAACAAACAAACCUUAAGGCACUGAAUAAUUUCUUCAGCAUAUAUGAUACUUUUGGUGUGCUAUGAUCUUGCUGCUUUUAUCCAUCAGCUUUGGUACUUGUGACUUACCUGCUAACUAUGAUGCGUGUGGAGCGAACUCAUACUAUGUGGUGAGGAAUGAUUUUACAAUAAA